AUGCAUCGCAAUUGUGGGGCAUCCACUUUUACAGUACUGGUGCUCAUCCCUGCCGUGCUCUAUCUAUACGGCAGCUUACGUAGCAUUCACCAACUCCAACGAACCCUUCGCCUUCUCACGAUCGGUCGUGGUGACAUCAAAGAGAACACUUUUGCGACUAACAAGCAAAGAGACUCGCACGUUUUAAAGAAAGAGCAAUCUGCUCUUGGUGGGGUCGCUUUGCCAACCAAUGAGGAGUCGACGUCAUCCACGGGUAUACACAUUACCACACCUCGGCAAUGGCAGGCAUCGGAUUCUUUUGACGAAAACAACAACACGACAGCUGUGCCCGUAUCCGGCAACCCACCUACACUUUUCUGGCAUGUAGGACCCCACAAAACGUCCACUACCGCCAUUCAGAGGUUUCUGGCGGCCAACAAAUAUUUAUUGCGGGAGAAAGAUAACAUUGAGUCUCCUUGGAUGAUGCCGGGACAUUUCCAUGGUGCCGAAAUUGUAGUCAAUGUAGCAAGGUGUCUGUCUGGACGAAAAGGACCUAAGGAUAUGAGUUGCCAACAAAUGUUGCAGUCCUUUCAACACUUUGUUGCAGGCGCACGGGCAGAUUCGAAGAACAUCGUACUGUCAGCCGAGGGAUUUUCUUUCUUCAACGAACUACAAAUUCAGCAGUUUGUUCAAGACUACUUUGCUGGUUGGGAAAUUCGAGUGAUUGUAUUUUUUCGCCGUUUUGACGAUUGGCUAGCCAGUUUGCAUUUUCAAAAGAAUCGCCACACACCAUUUCGUGAACGUUCAAACAUUGUUGACUUUUUGGAAGCCCCAAGCAUCUUUUCCACUGUCGAAUUUCAUUAUAGCCACAAAGUUCGUGAACGGUACCAAUCGGUCACGGAUCACAAUGUGACGAUUGUUAACUUUCACACGGCGGAUGAGGGCCGGAGUCUGAUAGAACAAUUCGUUUGUGACGGGUUGCAAGGAAUGGCACCGCACACAUGUCGGGCUGCUCAAAGGUUUGUCUCCAUCAAGAUCAAUAAGUCACAUUCUUUGGACUCUGGCUUUCUGUUGGCUGAAGCAUUGGAGCAGAACAUGCUGCCCUUGCUUGAUUUCGCCAACCGGACACUCUCGAGUGACGAAGAGACGUCAUUACUGGCAAGGAUCGAUCGCAAGCUUGAAACGAGUACAGAUCUCCCGGUUCGCUGUUUGUCAGAGACGGCGCAAGGCCACGUCUGGAAUCGGACCAAAGAGUGGUUCCCGUUUGACCUAGAAAGGUCAAAGUCGUUAUCAAAAGCCGAAAAUGUGUCUCGGUCGAGAACAUGCUGCUUGGAUGUUUCGCGAGUAUGCGCACUUGACGACUGGAAGGCGUUUUUCCGAGGACUGCCUGUGAGUAGGGAAAUAGACUGA